ACUGUUAGCAAUCCAUGGAGAGCCAUUCAUUUUUUUUUCAUCGAACCCAUUUUUUCAAACCAACCUGUUGAGCGAUGUUAUUACACACCCUCUGUCUGUAGGGUUUAGCACAUGUCGUCAUGCCUGACCUCCUGGUUAACUGGUGCCAUUUGUUUGGGGCUUUGAAAUUUUGCAUAAUCUUAGCUGGAAAACACGACGAAUUAAAGAGGCAUCCUUAUUCUAACCUGUUGUAUUACCAAUGCCUCAUUCACGCUGCAUUUUUGUUUUGGUCGGAUACCUACUUUUAUCUCGUUAAAUGAUGUUUCAUCUCAAGGACUCAUCGCUGCUAUUAAGACUGCACCUUAACACGUGUAUCCAAGAAAAAUCAACAGGCAAAAAAGGCCGAACGUUCUUCACAGGCAAAAUACUCUCCCAUUUCCACAGGGAGUUUCACUAACGUGAAAAGAUCCAGCCCCAAAAUGUAAAGUAAGGUUUGGGUGUGGGACCAUUGCCAGGGAAGUUAUUUUUACGUGGCUCUCAUCAACAGUUACUGCCGAAUCAUCUUCAAUUGCGAAAAUACGCAUACUACUGAAUAUUGGUCUCUUUAAGGCUCAUACCUGUUAUUUUAGGACUUUUUUUGCAUGUCUCGAACCGUACAAGCCAAGCUCAUAUUAUUAAACAGUAAAAAUACAUUUGAAGAAACACUCAUCACCCGCAGUUAAACAUUGUUCAAUUUGAUUCAAAAAUGAACAAUGCUUAGCAACGGGAGAUGAGUGUUUCUUUAAAUGUUUCUAAAAUGGUAUUGUCGUUGUAUUGGAAAAAGAGAAGCGCAGAAAUCAUUGUAUCAAGUAUUACAAGAUAAACUUUCAGGUUAAUGGGACUGGAUUGUCCUAGAGAGAAUCGGUACGCACGAGAUGGGCUGAUCAGCCUCGUUCUGUGCCACAAUGAGUGUAACGUCGGAGAUUUUCCUGUGCGUUAAGUGCAGCGAAAUUCUAAACCAGCUUUCGUUAUGCAGCGGGGAGCUGAAACUUUUCUCCGAUUGAAGGACAUAUGCAUUUGGACACAGAACCUUUCAGAAAACUAAACAAAAAUCUUCCGCACAGAAAUAAUUUGGAUUACUCGAGGGUAUUAUUAUUUCUUGUGGAGGGGCUUAUUUAUAACUUUCCUUAUGAGAUGUCAGAUUCAGUUCCAGUAUGAGGAUGGUACACAUUAGCGCCCUCGUUGUGUCAGGAUAUAUGCCAGCAUCCCCGUGUGCAUUACAUCGAGUCUACAGCAUGGAGACAGGCCAUUCAGUCCCACAGGUCAUUGAUGGGGUUUAUGCUGCACACAAGCCAGCCUCCUUGAUUUUAUCCCAUCAACAACUUCUUCUCGGUGUCCGCUGACACAGCAUCAAGCAGCGAGAACAAGAGUCCGGAACAACAUAAGGAGAGGUUUAAGAGGCAAACAUAAACGGAGUCUACUAUCGGGAAGUUUUCCUGCCGGGGAGCCCACUACAAAGGGGCGAGAUCAGCCUGCUGGAGACGGACAGCGAUAAUGCAGGAAAAGGACCUUAGCAUUCGCGAUCAAAACUUAUUGGCGAGAUUGGUUACUUAUUGACAAGACUGCGUACCGGGACUGAGAACUUGUUUUUCUCUAAAACGCGUGGACCAGGCAACGGGUCACUUGCAGGAUGUUUUAGCGAGGAUGGUCUUUCGGAGGCGAUGACGGACGGGAAUGGCUUCGUGUGGAUUUGAAACCUUUGAUACGAGCAAAGUGGGUGCUGCACCUCCGACCUGAAUUGGCGAAAACCCCACCCAGCCACCCCGCUCCCCCUCUCCCAUGGUGUACUGUGCCGGAGCUUCUCGUCUCCCCUCCGGGCUGUCAGCAGGAGUUGGAUGUCGAGUCGAGAGCAGGCUGUGAGCUAUUUCCUGGCGCUGUCCCCCACACACGGAGAGUCAGUGCUGUCGCAGUACCAGAGCCUCCGCAAUGACAAGCUGCUGUGCGACAUCGUGCUGGUGGCCGAAGGCAGCGAGUUCAUGGCGCACAGGUCGCUGCUGGCGUGCGCCAGCGACUACUUCAGGUCCAUGUUUAAGGAGUACACCCGCGAGUCCAAGGCCGGGGUGGUGCACCUGCAGGCGGUGUCGGCCAGCGGCCUGCGCCACGUCCUCGACUUCAUCUACAACUCGUGCCUGGCGCUGUCCGCCGACAGCCUGCCGCAGACCCUGGAGACGGCCCGCUACCUGCAGGUGCCCGAGGCGGUGCAGCUCUGCUCCCGCUACCUGGUCAGCAGCCUGAGCCCCGGCGGCUGCUGCCAGGCGGCGAACGUGGCGGCCCGCUUCGCCCUGGCCGACGCUCAGAGGGAGGCCGAGCUCUACAUCGCCUCGCAGCUGCGGCGGCUGCUGGCGGCGGGCGCCGAGCGCAGCGGCCUGCUGGAGCUGAACGCCGAGUCCCUGCGGGCGGUGCUGGAGUGCGAGCGGCUGGCCGGCCUCCGGGAGAGCCAGCUGCUGGAGCUGCUGCUGGCCUGGCUGGACUGGGAGGAGCCGAGGUGGCAGGCCCAGGCCCAGCGCCUGCUGCCCGCCCUCCGUUACUGCCUGCUGCCCGCCGGCACGCUCAGCCUCCUGCAGGGCGAGCCACGGCUCGACCCCGCCGUCCGGCUCCUCGUCUCCGGCGCCUUGGACUACCACCGGGACGAGGCGGCGCAGCCGGCCCGCCAGAGCCGCCAGAGCACGCUGAGGGGCCGGGAGAGGCAGCUGCUGGCGGUCGGCGGCUUGGUGCUGCCCGAGCCCCCCGGGGAAAGUGGGGACGGGGAGAGCCCGGAGCCCGGGCCGGCAGCUGUCGACCGCCUCUGGGCCCUGAAGCCCAGCACCGGCGAGUGGAGGGAGUUAGGCCGCUGCCCCAGGCUCCAGCACCAUUGCGUGUGCGUCCUGGCCGACUUCCUGUUCGUGCUGGGCGGCGAGGAGCUGGACGCCGGCGCCGGGGGAGAGGCGAAACGCUCCGGCGUCAGGCGGCAGGUCGAGCGUUACGACCCGCGCUUCGACCGCUGGAGCCCGGUGAGCGCCAUGGAGAGCCCCCGGGCCCAGUUCGCUUGCUGCGUGCUGGAAGGCCGCAUCCUGGCGCUGGGGGGCCGGGGGUCCUCCUGGUCCUCGUCGUCCCCCGAGGCCUCGCUCUCCUCGGCCGAGAUGUACGACCCGAGCAGCGGCGUGUGGCAGGCCUUGCCCCCGCUGCCGGUGCCGGUGCACGGCCACGCGUGUGCGGUGCACGAAGGCCGCACCGUGUACGUGUCCGGGGGCCGCCAGCGAGCCCAGGCGGAGAGCAGCCCGGACAUGUUCUCAUACCAGGCCGGCGGAGAGGCGUGGGCAAGCUGCCCGCCCAUGAGCAUCGCCCGCUUCGGCCAUCAGAUGGCGGCGGUCGGGCAGCGACUCUACUCGUUCGUCGGCACCUACGAGCCCUUCUGCGACAUCGAGUGCUACGAGCCCCGGCGCCGCCACUGGCGCCGCCUCAGGCCCCUGCUCGGCUUCGACCGCUCCUGCUACGGCCUGGCCGUCCUGGGCGCCCGCGUCUACCUGGUCGGCGGCAAGAGGUGGCACGACUCGCGGGAGGUGGCGGCCCCCGAGGCGGUGCUGUACGACACCCGCACCGACAGCUGGAGCGAGGCCGGCAAGCUGCCGCUGCCCCUGUGCGGCACUCAGUGCGCCAUGCUGCAGCUCCUCGACCUACCCCCCGGCCAGGGCAACGACCCGGGCCUGCACGCUUUGUAA